AUGGAUAAAGUGGGGGGAAUGUGGCAUAACUUAAGGUACAGGUGUCAGAAUCUUCUGGGUCAUGAGGGAGGGAGCCGCGGCGAAAGCAUGGACAUGAACUCCAACACAUGUCUGGGAGACUCAGCUCCUCAGCAGCAGAGCAGCCCCUCACGAGAAAAUAGGGCCUUACAACUGGGAGUAAGCCCCUCGAAGAAUUCUAAAAGGAAAAACCAAAACUGUGCUGCAGAAAUCCCUCCAACGGUUAAAAUCAGCAUUGAGAAGGACAGUGACUCAGGUGUUGCCCCAGGAACAAGGCACGCUCGGAGAGAUUCCUACUCUGGGCGUGCCCCCUGGGGUGGGAAGAAAAAGCAUUCCUGUUCCACAAAGACCCAAAGUUCAUUGGAUCCUGAUAAAACUGGUAGAAGUCCAAGUGGACUUGAGAGGCGAGAGCGGCCCUGUGGAGUCAGCUCUGCGCAGGAUAUGGACAGCGUUUCCAGCAGAGCCCCUGGCAGCCGCUCGCUGAGGCAGAGGUUGCAGGACACCGUAGGCCUGUGCUUCCCAAGGAGGGCUUACAGAAAGCACUCAAAGCCUCUCUCCUCCAACCAAAGCGAAACACAACUUUCUGAAUCAAUGCUGGAGAAAGGUCCUGUUCCAGCUGACUCAGAUUUAGCCCCAAAAUGCCAUUUGAAUAAACAGAAUACAGCUCCUGUGAGCCCACAUUCAACGUCACUUGAUACACUUGAUCCAUCGUCGGUUUCUAUAGAAGAUGAAGAAGACAGACUUCGAGAGAAAAGACGGCUUAGUAUUGAAGAAGGGGUGGACCCCCCUCCCAAAGCACAAACACAUAAAUUUGAAGCUACUGCCCAGGUUAAGCCAUUAUACAAACUGGGACCAAAGUUAGCUCCUGGAAUGAGAGAAAUAAGUGGGGGCAGUGCUGCAGUUCCACAAGGUAACCGGCACUCAAAAGGGGACACAACCACCUUGUGUUUGCAGUCCUGGAGGCUGAAGCAACACCAGGUGUCUCGAGACAGGCAUGUCCACAUUCGCAGAUAUGGUGCAUGGAAAGUCCAUACACAGAUUGAUUACAUACACUGCCUUGUGCCAGAUCUGCUUCAGAUCACGGGGAAUCCCUGUUACUGGGGGGUGAUGGACCAUUAUCAAGCAGAAGCACUUCUUGAAGGAAAACCUGAAGGCACGUUUUUGCUCAGGGACUCAGCACAAAAGGACUACCUCUUCUCUGUGAGCUUCCGCCGCUACAACAGAUCCCUGCAUGCCAGAAUUGAACAGUGGAAUCACAACUUCAGUUUUGAUGCCCACGACCCAUGUGUGUUUCACUCCUCCACUGUAACAGGACUUCUAGAACAUUACAAGGAUCCCAGUUCUUGCAUGUUUUUUGAACCAUUGCUUACUAUACAACUAAAUAGGACUUUUCCUUUCAGCCUGCAGUAUAUCUGCCGUGCAGUAAUCUGCAGGUGCACCACCUAUGAUGGAAUUGCUAGGCUCCCUCUGCCAUCCAAGUUACAGAAGUUCCUAAAACAGUAUCAUUAUAAGCAAAAGGUUAGAGUUCGCUGGUUAGAACAAGAGCCAAUCAAGGCAAGUAAACUCUUCUGA